UUCUCUCUCGUGUGCCGAGUCCUGAGUCCUUGACGCCUCUCGAGUCUCUCUCUCGCCCCUCUCAGCGCCGUCGCCACCGUCGCCCCCGUUGCCCUCGGGAGCUCAAGCAUACUCGUCUGGCUAGGGAAUUGAAGCUGGGGUCUUGUGGGGUGGGAGCUGAAACGAAUGCAAAUCAAUGACUUGUUUUCUCGAAGUGACAAUGUCUGCAUUCAACGAAGCGUUAUAUAAUUGAGAUGUGCAGUCUUGAAAGAGAAAGGAGAGAAGAAUGGAGCCAGAGGUAAUAGAAGCAGAACUUGUGUUGCCAACCUAUUUCAGCUUCAAGAAGACUCAAAUUUAUGAGAAGUAUCCAAAGGGCCAGUCCAGUGCCAGGCGUUUCAAGCAUCUCAAGCAGAUCAUUCAGGCUGAAAAUAUCCAGAGCUACCCUCCUGAUGAACCUAAUUAUGUUAACAUUGAAUCACCACCUUCAAUGCAUCCAAGCAAGAGGAUAUGUGAUAUAACAGGAUAUGAGGCACCAUACCACGAUCCGAGGACAAAGCUUCGUUAUGCAAAUGCCGGUGUCUUUAAGGUCAUUAGGUCACUUCCCAGUGAGUAUGUUCAGAGGUAUCUGGCUCUAAGAAAUGCUGCAGUUGUUUUGAGGUGAAUUCAGCAUAUGGAAGGAACAAGGGAUCUCUCUCUCUCUGGCACACAUCAAAGGAACACGAAGUACCGCCCACCCAACACAAAGAAAGUUCAUGGUUUCUCACUUUACUGGCAUCUGAUGCCGGCUUUCAUCAGCUGUCCCACCUAUUCAAGUAACUUCUAGCUGAAAAUUUCGUUCUUGGUGUUACCUUAUCU